CGAGCGGUGUGUAACUGUACGUGACAAGACGACGCAUACAUUUUCUGUUUUGUAUUCAAAGCGGUAAAUGAAGAAGAUAGUGUCACGAAAACAUCUAAACGCCUCUUGACUUGUAUUGCCUGUAUCUCCUCAACUUUCCAGAUAAGAGCUAAGGAAUUGCGUGCACAAAAUCACAAACUUUGUGUGUCGCCGACUUUACUGAAUCACUGGCAUUCCACAAAAGUGGGAAUUCAAAAGACUAGAGCUGUAAAAGCUCUUAUGUUUUUACGAGAAGUUUUUGGACUGAUUUGAAGCGCGAGCGAUUUUAAGGAAUGUAACGAUAACAUUUCAAAAUACACUGCCUGAAAGUCACAAAAUAGCUACACGGAGAAAAUCACCGAGAGAGUCAUAGAGUACCGAAUAAGGUUGCCUGCAAAUGGGCCUUACUAUGAGAAUUAUGGAAACUAAACUCCUCCUGUUUCUGUUGGCUUCCUUUGUAUUUCAAUUGGCCUGCACACAUCGGUCCGCUCCCAGAGUGCACCUGGAUUUUAAAGAACUCAUGGACACUCGGACAGCAAGACCAUUCAGUUUCUCUUUCAACACCAGUGACUACCGGAUCUUGCAUGUGGAUCAGGAUCAAGGCCGGCUUUACCUGGGAAGCCGCGAGUAUCUGGUCUCUCUGGACAUGCAAAAUAUCAACAAAGAGCCUCUCAUUAUCCAUUGGCCUGCUCCUGCUCAAAGGAAGGGAGAGUGUCAGAUGACUGGGAAAGGCAGGCAUGGAGAGUGUGCUAAUUUUGUGCGCCUGAUUGAGCCGUGGAACAGGACUCACCUGUACACCUGUGGGACGGGAGCUUAUAAACCCAUCUGCACCUUCAUCAACAGAGGCUGGAAAGCUGAGGACUACCUUUUCAGGCUGGUUCCAGGUCUUGUGGACUCUGGAAGGGGAAAAUGCUCUUAUGAUCCAAACCAGGAAAAUGUUGCAGCACUGAUUAAUGGAAACCUGUACGCUGGAGUGGCUGUGGACUUCAUGAGUACUGAUCCAGGCAUCUAUAGAACCAUGGGAAGCCGGCCAGCUGUGAGAUCGGAGCAGUAUGACUCAAAAUGGCUUAAUGAACCUGUGUUUAUUCAGAUGAAACAGAUCCCUGACAGCUCAGAGAGGAACGAUGACAAACUCUAUUUCUUCUUCCGUGAGAAGAGUCUGGAUUCUGGUGGAGGAGGUAGUCCAAGUGUGGUGGCUAGAGUCGGCCGUGUGUGCCUGAAUGAUGAAGGGGGUCAGAAGUCUCUGGUGAACAAAUGGACGACAUUUCUGAAGGCUAGGCUGGUGUGCUCUGUAAUGGGAAAUGAUGGGGUGGAAACCUUUUUUGAUGAAUUGAGGGACGUAUUUAUCCAAUCCACUCAGGAUGAACGAAACCCUGUGGUAUAUGCCGUCUUCUCAACUGCUGGCUCUGUGUUUAAAGGCUCGGCCGUGUGUGUGUACUCAAUGGCAGACAUUCGAAACGUCUUUAAUGGCCCUUUCGCACAUAAACAUGGACACAACUACCAGUGGACUACAUACACAGGAAAGAUUCCCUAUCCACGGCCUGGAACAUGUACAGGAGGCACAUUCACGCCAGGUCUUCAGUCAACAAAAGAGUUCUCAGAUGAAGUGGUGAACUUCAUUCGUGGACAUCCACUCAUGUACCACCCUGUGUAUCCCAUUCAAAAGCGCCCUCUGGUGGUGCGCUCAGGUGUAGACUAUCGUUUUACUACUAUUGCAGUGGAUCAGGUGGAUGCAGUGGAUGGCCGAUAUGAGGUUCUUUUCCUGGGAACUGAUCGUGGCACAGUCCAAAAAGUGAUAGUCCUGCCCAAAGAUCCCACCACAAUGGAAGAGCUCACUUUAGAGGAAGUGGAAGUUUUCAGGACCCCCGCUGCUGUCAAAACUAUGCAGAUGUCAGCCAAAAGGCAACAAUUGUACGUAUCCUCAGAAGCAGGUCUUACCCAGAUGUCUCUGCAUCGCUGUGGGGUGUAUGGAAUGGCCUGUUCAGACUGCUGCCUGGCCAGAGACCCGUACUGUGCCUGGGAUGGUGAAAACUGCUCCGCCUUUACACAAGCCACGAAAAGGAGAAGCAGAAGACAGGAUGUGAAACAUGGAGACCCUUUGCGUCAGUGCCGGGGCUACAAUGCCAAAGUGGAAAGGAGACUGAAAGAGAAAGUGCAGUUUGGUGUGGAGGGUAGCAGCACGUUUUUGGAGUGUUCGCCACGCUCUCCACAGGCCUCUAUUAAAUGGCUCUACCAGAAGGAGGGAAGACGAAAAGUGCUGAAUCGAGAAGGGGAGAUUUUUAAGACACAGCAGGGCGUUCUUCUGAAAUCUCUCACCAAAGCAGAUGCAGGACUUUACCACUGUCUGGCCACGGAAAACAACUUCAAACACACGCUGACUCGUGUCUCCCUGCGUAUCCUGGACCGGGACAUCGCAGUAGCCCUCACCACCCCUGAUGAAGAAGAGGAGACAACAAGGAGCCAACACAAAGACCAUCAACAGAGUACUGCAACUCCUACACCAGCGCUCUUGCUUGAGCCUGAAAUGCGUCUGAUUCAACAGUACUGCCAGUCAUACUGGAAGCAGCUGAGGGCUGAGGGGAACUCCAAGGGUUAUUUCCCUAAACGCACAAGCCGCAGAGACAUAGAAGCACAGAAGGCUAGUGGAGGGUGACAAUGAGAGGAAAUGAGAGUUGUUAUCUGACCAUUCCCUUAUUCCUAUGUGGUUAAAGAGAUAGAUUGCCCAGAAAUGAAAAUUCUGUCUUAAUUUAUUCACUCUCAUGUUCAUGUUAGGCAGAAUGUGCACUUCCAUUGUGCAAUAAGAAGGUGAGUAAAUAAUGACACUAGAGUUUUACUUUUUGGGUGAAGUAUCCCUUUAAUUCAUGUAUGUGCUCAUGCAUUCACUGUUCAUUCAUUCACCAAAGUUACAGUAAGUGCCCAUUCCUCCAUUGUUCUGGGAUUCUUGUGGGUGGUGAUUUGAUUCUUUAAAGCAUUUUUCAGUUGCCACAGUGAUUUGACUACAUUUCAGUAUUAUGCCAAGGUGUAAACUUCUACUUGCCUCAGAAGUCAAAUUAUGUAAAUGACUUUCAAAAUACAUUAAUUACAUAUUGCCUUUAAUGUAAAUGUAUUUAAAGACCCCAUGAAAUAUCUUGCUGGCACUGUUUUCUUUCCUGUUUUCACAGUGUCUGUUGCUAUAUCUAAGGCUGCGUUUGGCUUUAGUGCACGUCACAGCAUGUAUCAUGAUUUGCUAUUGCUAGUUAGUUGUUGGUUGUAUUAGGAGGAGGGACUGUGUAGUGCAAUAUGAGUCAGCAAUAUUUUUUUAUAUAUCUUUUUUUUUUGUUUUCCCAGAACAAAUUUCUUUUGUUUUAUUAGAUUUCUUCUUAGUUUAAGUUUUAAAUGUAUAUCUGCAAAAAAAUACAUAAAUACAAAAUAAUAAUAAAAAUAUUAAAAACAAAUUUGUCAACUUUUAAGUGCAUACACUACAGCAUAUACAGCAAAUCUCUUCAAAGCUAAAAGAAAUGGACUAUAAACAACAAAUCUUUUGAUUUCAUGGGGUCUUUAAGGUAAAAUCAAAAAUAAACCAUAAAGCACCUUUAAAGAGGAUAGUACUUCAUACGCUUAAAAAAACGUUGCAUUAUCCUAUAAGAUCUCUGCUACUACUUUGUUAAAUUACUCAAUCACUGGGCCAGUGCAAUUUCUAAUGUUCCACCUGGAUUAUGAAAUUAUAAUAGUAAUGUAUUUAUGUAUGUUUAAUAGUAAUAUAUGUAUGCAUUCCAUUACCUUUUUCGGUUAAUAAUGGCACCAAAAACAUUUUGCAAGAGCACUAUUGCCUUCAUGUAUUUGUGACUGUGGCUGUUUCUCACCAUUUGUAAUCUCUAUUUAUUUGAAGUUGUAUAUAUUUUAUGGGAUGAUCCUUGCUGCUAGAGGAUCCUGAAUAGGGGA